ACCUUAUCAUUCCACAACUACUACAUUAUUGGAUUGUACGAACGAAUGGUAUACCAACAUGGACCGUGGGCUGUAUAACUUAGUUGUUUUUCUUGACCUAAAAAAGGCAUUCGAUACAGUCGACCACGAAAUACUGUUAAGUAAGUUUGAAAUGUAUGGUUUCCAAAGGAAAGCAUUAAAUCUUUUACGUUGCUAUUUGACGCACCGAAGUCUAAGUUGUCAAUUGGCCAGUAUACUCUCGGUGGAGAAAGAAAUCAUUUGUGGCAUUCCUCAGGGAAGUAUACUCGGCCCUCUCUUAUUUAUUAUGUAUAUAAAUGAUUUGCCAAGCUGCCUAGAACGCACAACUCCAAGAAUGUUUGCUGAUGAUACUAACUUAACGGCAGUAGGCAGAACAAUUAGUGAGGCGGAAGAGAGGGCGAGCGUAGACAUGAGGAAUGUUCAGAAAUGG